AUAUUGUGACCUCACAGACUGAUAAGCAAAGCUAAAUCAAGAAUUAUCAGUAUUCAAUGGAAUAAAUUAAAAUAACUCAUCAGUUUUAAACGUUCAUUUGAGAGACACGGAUAGAACAAGAAAAAUAAUGUUGGACACACUCGGGGACUUUCUUAAUCCUUAUAGCGAUAGUAUUGGAGCUAUAGCUGGAGCCGCAACUACAUUACACUCAGUUUCUAAAAUUGUUUUUCUCAACGGUAUUCGAAAAAGAGGAACUGCAGAUGGAUAUUCAGCAGCUCCGUUUUUAGGUAGUCUUGUAAUUAUUAUUCUUAACAUCAAACUUUCUUUUAUCCUUAAGGAUACUGCUUUAUUCAGGACACAUGUUUUUGGAAUUAUCAUCAACAUUGCAUUCAUUUCAAUUUUCUACUAUUACACUUCUAAGCAGAGUCGACCAAAAAUUUGGAAACAAUUUGCAAUUGCUGUUAUUUUUGCAACGAUAUGUAUCAUUUACACUACUUUGGAAGAUCCAGCAAAAAUUGAAUCUCGCUUCGGUAUUCUAUUAUCAAUGUUGUAUCUUGUUUUACUUGGAGCACCAUUAUUGGGAAUGAAGAAUAUCAUUAGAAAGAAAAGCGCAGAGAAUUUGCCAUUCCCAAUGAUUUUAACUGGAACAAUGAUCGUAACAUUAUGGCUGAUGUAUGGAAUUUCUAUCAAAGAAAGGGUUAUAAUUGGUCAAAAUAUACUGUUGCUCCUUUUGUUGUCACCCCAGUUAAUUGUUUGCCUUAUUUAUCCAAGAACACCAAGCAUAACAAAACCUUUGGAUGAUAAAACGUUAAAGCAGGAAUGAAAAAUAUGUACAUUUUUAUUUUUUGUUUUAGCAAAGUUAUGUGAUAUUACGUUUUGCAAAAGAAAUGUACCUUCAUAUUGUUUUUAAUACCAAUGAAUAAAAAUUUUUUUCAAUAUAUUUGUCACCAAAAUA